GAGAUACCUUUCCCGAAACACUAUGGGUCGAUGAUGACAAUUCGAAUAGACGGCGUAUGGAACUGGCCGAUGAAGAUGACUAUGAAGGUGGGGGUGACUGGACGGACGAUGACGAUUGGACGGACGAAGAUGAUGACUUUUUGACCGACGAAGAGGGUGAAGGGCAUUUCCUCAUCGAUCCCGAAAUUUAUCGGGUUCCAAUUGAAGGAAUAGAUGAUGAUGAAGAUCCACCCCAGCUUGAGGAGACCACGGCAGAUCUGAUUAUCGGGGACAAGAACCUCUUGACACUCAAGCGCCUGUCAACACCACAAGCGUUUCAGCAGAAGCGCUUCCCAGUCCAACCUGCCGUGUUCGACUGGAUGGAAGAGGUAGAUAGUCUGAGCCGCUGGGGAGCAGGAGUCCCACCAAGAAGAUUACCUGGAAACAGGUUAGGGUUCAGGAUUGCCCAUAAUCCUGGAGAUUCGUCGUCUGUAGCAGCAGAGCGGUCUUCUUCGCCAGCUCUCUCGGCACCAGACUCGCCAUUGGACCCUCACUUGGCGAGGGAUCCUCUGUUUGGUUGGGAUAAUGGCCCUUCUAUCUCCCCUUUCCUCGGCCCGAUGCCGCCUCUGCAGUCCCCUUCACAAAGAGAGGCGAAUAUGAGCCCACCUCCGGCUGCCCUUUCAACAUCUACCCAAGACCCUUCCUCAUCGACUUCCGCGGCUGAAGGAACAACAGAUGAAACGACCGAAGAAAGUUUUUUGCAGGUUCCCCAACCCUAUCAUCCGCCCAUCACGCGUUGGCCCUCUCCUCUCAUGCCCAUCGAAUCCCUUCGCCCAAACCCUGCAGCCUUUACAUCUGCACGCUCUAUCGGUCGUUCACCUCCUCUCUCACCUGGCUCGGCUAUUCCUCCUUGGGGUGUUGAUCCUCGUCCUACUACUCGAGGUUUUGUUUUCACUCCUUCCCCUGCUUCUAUUUCGGCUACAGAAGGAGAAAGAAGACUAUGGACUCGCGCCAUGGACGUGAUGAACCCUCGAAGAGAAUGGAGUGUGCCUGUCGGAGUGGUGGACAAAGCGGGCGGCGUACGGGCUUGGAUCGCUAGACGAGAAAAAGAACUCUCCGAAGAGAGACAGUCCUAG